AUGUCUCUCCUUGGAAAGAAGUUCCCGACUCCUGUCGGCAAACCUAUGGCUCCCUUCUUCGCUGCCGGCGCUGUCGUCCUCUAUGGAAUCAACUCGUUUGCCAACGUCAUGAUGUCGACCAACGAGUUCAAGAACGACCCCCGCAACCCUAACGCCAAGAACGUUAAGCACUAG